CCUAGCCUUGUGGAAUCCCACCGCCGUUGUGGAAGAAAAGUAUUAAUUAUGCAUGGCGUGCUGAGAUGGUAAGACAGGACCUGGCUGGUAGGAUGGGGAGGGAAGAGGGAUGUUGCUGUGUAUUUCCUCUGGAGUUUUACACUUGAAAUACUAGACGGGAACGACCAGUGCGUGUCGGUUCUCUACUCUGACUGUCGAUGUACGCUCGCUAAGCGUCUUGCUCGCGUAGUGACUACCAUCCUUCACGUUUGUAACAGAUCGAUAAAAUUGACAUGCUUGUUCUGAUUAAAUUUCUGCUUCGGGAACUAAGUUGGACGAAGGAAGAAGAAAACCUGUUUUUACAGCUUGGGAGAGAGUAGCUGAUCAUUAUCACGCUGCUGGUGGAGUCGGAAUGUUGGAGUCAGAGACGCCGCCCUAGCAAACCCGACCGUCCCCCCUCCCCCUUCACCUGUAGGUGGUCAGCUGGACACUAGAGCGGUCGCGUGACCCGCCCGGUCAGGACGUGGCCCAUGGAGCUAGCGAGGAUUGCACGUGCAGCUUGAUGAACCGAGGGCAGUGUGUGGCUCGCUGAUCGUCCCGCGCCAAUGGGUUGAGGCGGACAAGAGGGCAAGGUUGUUGGCUGAUGAUGCAAACAGUGAUCACCUGGAGACGGCCGAUGGAUGCCAGUAUCUACCCCCCGACGGGCAAUCCCUGCACGUACCUGCUGGGCAACGCGCUGUGCUACAUCAUCUCGGGGAUGAUGCUGUUGGUGGUGGGUGUUAUCAUAACGUCACUGACGUUCCAGAAUCUGGAGGAUUACCAAGAUGAGAACAAAGAACGGUACGCGGGACCUGUGUUGAUCGGGGCUGGGAUACUUGUGAUAGCUCGCGGGGCGUUCAGCCGUCUGCGACCUCAUCGGUCGGACCUGGCUCGGAGACGCUCGCUACUCAGGCGUUACGUCAGGGAGGUGUACAGUCGCCCCAUCUUGGCAUUUCGUAACAGCUCCUCCCUGAGUCUGUGUGACAUCCAAGUGACCGACCUCCACGACUGUCCCAGAACACGACUGUACAGCGAUGAACCGCCGCCGUAUGAUAUCGUCACCAGUGACGAGUAUUUAGCUCGCCAUUGCCAGGCGCAGACUAACCUGGGCAACCAGGUAGAAGACAGCAGCUGCACCGGAAGUGAUACAUCUACUCUCGAACCUCCACCAACGUAUGCAGAAUUCAUGAGAUCGGAGGAGAUGAGGACUACUCGGUUGUAACACUGAUUGUUGGAAAUACCUUGACAAAGGUGUAUGCUCUGUUUGGGUCAGUUUGACCGGCUACCAUGUGGGGAUGUACCCGUGCGUCAUGUUCGAAGUCGAGGCAUGAUAAGGUGGUGAUGUGUGUGAGGUUCUGGGACAAGAGCAAGUGGGUAGGUCCAUUGAUAUCACCUGAACUGUGCGCGAUGGAAUCGCGGAGUCGCUGAUGGAUUUCGGAGCUCUGAUAAGAGUAUGGAAUAAACGUGUUGCUUCCGAUUGACGUUAGACGGGGAUUAAGCGGCUGUGAUUGUCGAUCUUAACGGUCGUGCAGUCAGUGGCUGUGUCCAUUGUAUGACGCAGGUCACAUGAACUCCACGCCCCUCCGAUCCCAAAUCACAUGAUCGAGGGACUUAAGCGCACAUUGUCGUCCUUGUUAAUGACAUUGUCGGGGACGUGUUCUUUACACAAGUUUUUUAUACCCUGUAACAUAUUGAACAAACAUCCCUGGACACGCCAGUUGAUCAGCUGAUAAACAUGUAUGAGAUCACAACUAUGGGCUGGAUGUCAAACAAACAAUUGGUCCACUGAAACAACGAAAUAUCUGCUAGAUGAAGAGCAAUAAAGACAACAUUCCAACGAUUGUCGUGGAGAAACAAACCAGCAAGUCAUUCUUUCACAGUGUUCAAUGUUGUACCAGCUAUAUGUAGUAAUAGUGGAUAAAGUAAAUACAAUGAAGGCAUGCUCGACCAUUGUUGGUGCUGCGGGUUUGCAUGGGACAGCACAUUCCUUCCAAAAGCCCGCGUGAUCCACUGACAGAAAACAGUCGCCUCAGCAUCCUCAUUUUCAGAACAAUCCGACGAAUGAAUUUCACUUUUGUAUUAUGUCAAACCUUUAUUGUUCCCAUUUGUUAGCAGCAUCGUGUCCUACCAUGUGCUGGUCUACCUGCUCCUGGGUGACAUGAUGGUGCCUAGACGGUCUUGAACAGUGCUGCUUCUCUCUACGGAGUUUGUGUUCUGUCAGCCGGUGUUUGAAACGCCGAGUUUGUUUCAGAAUGUUUAUAUCUUAUCUACAUAUCAAUUUGGUCGACUGGCUCGACGAUCUUUAUACGUGGCCAUGUGUUUGUCGGUCAGUAUACCAUUACUAGAGUCUACAUGUGGGAGUGACUGUGUGGUCAGGUGCAGGGUGAAUGUGGCCGUCAUCCUUCCUACUUCUUCAGAUUACUAUUUGUGCAUGGACAUGGAGUAUUUAGUUGUGUCUCACGGUUGCUGGUGCUGCUGAUGUGCGCCAAAGAUGUAGGCAGCCAUUAGAGGCUUCAGUCUCAGCAGGGAUAUGUAUCAGUGGGUGAUGUCCCUUCAGCUCCAGAUGCAGCGCUACUGCUUCCGCGACGUAGCGCCUGGCAUUCCGCAAGACGUUGAUAUUCCACCUGACUGUAGCAUGUUGGACGAGAUACUAACAUACAGUAUACAGUGCAUAAAUAUAACAACCAGAAACAUCGCUUUAGAAAUCGUGUCUGUGAGAUCGGAAACUUGGAUAUUGUUUUUGUCGGAGUGUGAUCGGCAUUAGUCUCGGAUCCCAAUAAUUUAUUGUACCACGUGACUGUGUGUCCAACUGUGUUGGUUUUGUAACUAUAGGUACAUUGUGAUGACUCUGGAAAAAAAUGAAUAUUGUUUUCUUCAGAAUCAUUAUCUCAAUAUUUACUUACGGUAUGAAAUUUUAUAAAAAGCGCUUUUCUUUUAUUCAUUAAAAUCUUAAUGAAAUCAGUUGAAGGUUAUCAAAUAAUCAAAAGGUUGGACGAAAUAUGUUUGUGAUUCAAUAUUCCAGCUAUGUGACGGCGGUCUGUAAAUAAUCGAGUCUGGACCAGACAAUCCAGUGAUUGACAUCAUGACCACU